AGUAAGUGAAGGACCCUAGCAGGUAGGUAGCUACCAUAGGACUGACUUACCGCCUAGUGUAGGUAAGUGCACUAGACCGAGCUAGGUACUUACCUAAUACAGCAGCGUGUAGGGAGCACAAUAGGUGGCUGCCCAGAGGCUCGCCAGAGCUACAAGUUGCCCAUUGAUCUUAUCUUAUCGCAUCCCACUUGAGGGAACGACGCACAUCUUCGCCGACCCCACAUUGAACUUUCGCGACACAACUUGAGCUUAGUUGCGCCAUACCAUACUUCAGCGUCAUUCGUCCGUUACUACCACAACUACAUAGAUACCCGCCAUUGAGUGUCAAUACCCGUCAAGAUGCCGACAGAAGCUGGUCACAGAUUAUACGUCAAAGCCCGCCACUUGGGUUAUAGGCGCAACAAGCACACUACGCAUCCGAACAGAAGCCUUGUCAAGAUUGAGGGCGUGGAUGACCCUGAGGCUGCCAGGUUCUACCUCGGCAAGAAGGUUGCCUUCAUCCACAAGGCUCCUAAAGAGAUCAGAGGCACUCAAACCCGCGUGAUCUGGGGCAAGGUUGUCCGAGCCCACGGCAACUCCGGCACUGUGCAGGCUCGCUUCUCUACUCCCCUUCCCACAAAGUCCAUGGGCGCCAGCCUGCGGGUUCUACUAUACCCCUCUUCGAUCUAAGCCGUGAAAAUGCUGGUAUUUUAAAAAAAAAAAAAAGAAGUGGCUUCCUAGUAACAAGCUGGGACGCCGAGGCAAAGGGAAGACCAAUUGGAGAAUGGGCCCAACCAAGGACGAUGAACAGCAAUUGCCCUGAUGGGCAAGUUGAGCCCCUACGGCUUCAGCACACAAAAGAAACCAGCCUGUUGGAUUGCUGGGAUAUGGCGGUUCAUGCACCACAUGUGAUACGGAAAGUCCGUGUGAAUGCUAGGAACAGAUCUCUGAUAAAAACUAUCCGUUCCUAUUUAUGAGAUAAAAGAAAUACGCUCGUAUCCAGAAGCAAAUAGAUUACCUACACUGUUCUAGUAUAGAGCAAAACGAAGAAAUGAAUGAAUGCCAAUGUUGGAAUCGGGAGGGGCAAGAUUUACUUCCGCUAUCAUUCUCAUCGAGAUAUCGCAGUGGAAUAGUCAUAUCUCUUCAAUAUCUGAAUUUAUCAGUAUGAUUUUGUUUAUACUCUUUUGCUAAUAUUCAAUCGUCGUACUGCCUUGAAGGCGAGCAACC